AUGCAGUUAACACCUCUCCGCGCCAGAGGCAAGCGAGGAGCUCCGCCGAAGAAUGCGAAACAUCGACCCAAUGGGAAAGGCCCCAAGCGGGAUGGCAAAGACGACAAGAAGGCCAAAGACGAUGAGAAGCACCUCUCGCGCCUCGAGCAGCUGCCGGUAGAGGUUCUCGAACGCAUCCUGGUGUUGUGCGAGAACCUCGUGCUUCCGCGGUGCAGCCGCACCAUGUAUCACAAGCUCAGCGGGGAGUCAGUCAAACAGCAGCUAGUCAUCGCCGCCUUCGGACCGACCUGGGACCGCUGGUACGGCAUACCCGUCACCGGGAGCUCUGUGCUCAACUGCUCAUGGGCCAGAUUCGAGACCAUAUUCUCAGCCUACGAGACCUGGAUUCGCCAGCAUGCGGCUGACCGUCUGAUUUUCCAUCAUGGAGCUGAGUUCCGUCGUACUCAUUUCACCACCGCUGCCGACCCUACAGUGGUGACCAUGCGUAGAAUCUUUCUCAACAACUGGAGCUUCUUCGAGUCCCAGGCGUCCGCGAAAUUCCAAGACCCUUGGUUUGUGGCACACAUGCCAGAAGAGCGAUAUCUUGAUGUCCAUCCAAGAACCCGCAUUCCCGACGUGCUGCUGGAGGGACCAUUCGACUGGGACAUGGCCCGCCGUCUCUUCUGGCUACGCUGGAGCGGCGCCACUGUCGACGCCGACUCUCAGAGCUGGGAGUUGACCAGAGCUGGGUUUCGGAAUCUCGUCCAUCCUGGCAUGGCGGACCUCGGCCUCGCAAGAGUCCUCAUCUCUCUCUUCGGCAUGUUCAAUAUCUACUUUCAGUGGCCGAAUUAUGUGAUGGACGAAGAGCUGGAACGACUCGAUCGAAUGGAGAUCUCUGCGCAAAGGGAUGAAGCAUUCAAGGGCGAAUUUAGCAAAUUUCGUGCUCGGCUUAGAGGCUACCUAAGAGAUCGGAGUAAUCAUCCAGCAGGAUAA